AGCGUUUACUUUGCCAAACCUUGUUUGGAAUUUUGUUGGUUGGCAAACGAGGGUUGUUUUCAAGGAUUCUCUGUUCUUCUCUCAUCCAAGGAUCAAUCUUAAUCGGAGAGAUCGGCUUUUCUCUUAGAAUGGACACGCGUCCCUUGGCUUGAGACGGGAAACCGAACACACCGACAAUAUGUAGUAUUGUGUUGGAUACCUGAAUAUGGCAGGCCAACUUACAAGAUCAAGAAGACUAGAAACUCAGCAGCAGGAACAGUCAAGGGCUAGGUGGACGACAUCACUCACUAAGAUACUUGCACAGCUUAUGGUUGACCAAGUACAUAAAGGGAACAAACAUAACAAUUUAUUCAAUAAGAAAGCAUGGAAAUAUAUUUGUGAUGAAUUUUACAGCAAAACAGGUCUGAAAUGGGACAAGGAGCAACUCAAAAACCGGUAUUCGGUCUUGAGGAGGCAGUAUGCUAUUGUAAAGUCCAUACUUGAUCAAAGUGACUUUAAUUGGGAUGAAGCCACAGGAUCUAUAACAGCUAAUGAUGAAAUUUGGGCUGAAUAUAUCAAGAAAUUACAGAAACAUCCCGAUGCUGAGACUGUCAAAACCGGUGGCUGCCCAAUCUUUAAGGAACUCUGCACAAUAUUUUCUGAGCCAGCAACCAAUGGCAAGCAUGAAUAUUUAGUUGCAUCUGAGAGUGAACAUACUUCUAUAACUCCUUGUCCAGAGUUCUUGAACAUGCACCAAGAGGAGACCUCAUCUGAAUCUCAGGAUGAGGAAGAUGCUAUUGACCCUCAAACAGUUCAACCUACUACACCUACUGCUACUUCUACCCGUAAAAGAGGGCGUAAAGGAAUUGAUGAUGCUAUUGCAAAUGCCAUAUUUGAGAUGGCAUCUGCUUCAAAGAUGAGGGCAGUUGCCAUAGAACAACAAAAUGCUAGAUUUAGCAUUGCUGACUGUAUUAGGGACUUAGAUUUGAUGCAAGGUGUUGAUCAACAACUUUAUUUUGCUGCUCUAAAUCUGUUCAACAAACCUAAUGCAAGGGAGAUAUUUUUGUCUCUCAAAAAGGAUAAACGUUUAACUUGGUUGCGUGGCAAGUGUGCUGUUGCAUCCAAUUAAUUUUGUAUAGGAUGAAAAAAAAAGAAGGAAAAGAUCUCUUUUGUUCA